AUGGCAUUCAUCUCUCAGGACCAACUGGCCGAACUGCCGACACCAGAUAUGAUCACUCUACUAUUCAAGUGCCACAAGUCCACGACCGCACUGUCGGUUUUGCCAACCAAACCGUUCACCGAGAUCAAAGCUCUCUUGCUCGCAGCCCUUGAAUCACGCAACCUGAAAACAUUACCCAACUCUAGUGCGCCUCUACCAGAUGACCCAGAAGAGUUGGAAUUUGGCGUGUUAGCGGACAAGAAGGACCCCAGCAAAGGCUGGGUACCCAUGGACACCAAGGAGCAAGAGAUCGCUGGUCCUAAGGGUGCCAAAACGAAAAUUGGAGGAAGGCCCUCCGUUCUCAAUCAGAACCCGCUUGGGGCUGGGCUGGGCGACGGGGCCUGGAUAGCUUAUCGACUGAAGGCGAGGCAGAAAGAACCACAAGUGAAAGUUGACGAGAAUGGUACCCCAGACGUCGAGAUAGACGAAGACCCUGGAUUCGACGUUAUCCUUCCAAGCUUUGAAGACGAGGCUGAGUGA